ACUACUCCUUUCCCCACGCCAUACCCUUACCCCCUUCUCUCUCUGUCCGUCUCUGGCAUGCAAUUCCAACUCUGGUGCUCCUCCAUCCAUCUCUCAAUCCUCUCAAGUACGCUCGCUCUCUCUCUCUCUCUCUCUCUGUUCUACGUACCUAACCCUAAUUUCCAAAUCAAAACUCCCAAUGCAUUGGACAUGAUGAUAGAAUAGGUGGUGGGUCGAUCGAUCAAAGACCGGCAUGGGUUCGGCCAUGAACGCAGGUGAAGGAGCCACCCAUCAACAUCUCAAGGAAAUCCAUGGAGGUAGGGUUCGUGUGAGUCUUCCUUACGUUUGCCACAACGUUCACCAAAUCAACUCAGGUGGGAUAUGGCACGGCAACAACCCUCUCGACUACUCACUCCCAACCCUAAUGUUGCAAUUGUCCCUCAUCACCAUUAUCACUCGCUUCGUCUACGUCGUUCUCAAGCCCUUUGGCCAACCCUUGAUUGUUUCCCAAAUUCUCGGUGGUGUUGUAUUGGGUCCGUCUAUUCUUGGCCAAAAUACUUCAUUCUCAACAAAAUUAUUCCCCAAGAAAGGCAAAAAUAUACUUGAUACGCUCUCAAUUUUCGGAUUCACGCUGUUCAUCUUCCUAAUUGGAGUGAAAAUGGAUCCGAGCAUGGUCUUAAGAUCAGGCAAAAAAACUUUAGCUAUAGGAAUACUAGGUUUUUUCAUUCCUUAUGGACUGGCCAGUUUUGUUGCCUUCCUUCUCCAGCAAUUCCUAUCUUUGGACCACGAGAUCUCCAGUGUGCUUCCCUCUUUGAUAAUCAUGCUGUCCAUGACAGCCUUCCCUGUUAUGGCCUGCUUUCUCGACGACCUCAAGAUCCUUAAUUCAGAGAUUGGACGAUUAGCCUCUUCAUCCUCAAUAAUCUGUGAUAUAUGUCACUGGACCAUCAUGUCAGUGAAGUAUGCAGCGAAGCUAGCUAUGGCGAAAUCAUUUAAAUUAUCAGUUGGGUCAUUUCUAUCAGCUGUCCUCUAUAUAGUUGUUAUUGUGUUUGGAGUCCGUCCAGCAGCUUUGUGGAUAAUCAGACAUACCCCAGAAGGGAGACCUGUUAAGGAGAGAUAUAUCUCUGCGGUGCUUGUAACGUUAAUGUGCUGUGGACUUGUGGGUGAAAUUCUUGGCCUGAGUUCCAUUAUGGCAGCUCUAGCUAUUGGUUUGGUGAUACCGGAUGGGCCACCAUUAGGAGCUGCAUUAGUGGAGAGGCUGGAUUGUUUUGUUUCGGUUCUGUUGAUGCCACUCUUUUUCACAAUCUGUGGGCUACAGAUGGAUGUUUUCGCUAUAGAGAAACUGAGAAAUGCGGGUGUUAUGCUGUUGGUUGUUUUAGCUGCUUUCAUUGGAAAGAUUAUGGGGACAAUGUUACCCCCGCUCUUCUGCAGGAUGCCAUUCCGAGAUGCCCUCUCUCUUGGCCUCAUCAUGAACUCCAAAGGCAUUGUUGAACUUGCUUUAUUGAAUGAUUGGAAGCAAUCCAAAAUCAUAAAUGAAGAAUGCUAUACCAUAAUGAUAAUCUCAGUGGUGCUAGUGACGGGGGUAAUCUCUCCUCUUGUGAAAGUCUUGUAUGACCCUUCGAAAAGGUACGUUGCUUACAAGAGGAGGACUAUUCUACACCUCAGGCACAACGAUGAACUUCGGGUACUAGCUUGUGUCCAUGGCCAAGAAAAUGUACAAGCGAUCAUGACCCUUCUUCAAGUAUCCAGUUCUCCCAGAUCAGAGUUCCCUGUAAAUUUAGUUGUCCUCCACCUCGUUAAGCUCAUGGGCCGUUCCUCGUCCCUGCUCAUUGCACACCGGGAACGUGAGAAGCCUUCUCCCACCCCUACCAUCUCUGAACGAAUCUUCAAUGCCUUCAAAAAGCUCGAACUACAGAGCAAUGGCCGCCUCUUUGUCCACUGCUACAAGGGCAUUUCGCCUUAUGCAACAAUGCACAACGACGUGUGCUCUCUUGCUCUAGAAAAGCGAACGACUCUCAUUAUUGUACCGUUCCACAAGCUAUGGGUCUACGGGCAAAGGGUAGAGACCUCAUAUGCAUUUAGGCACCUGAACAAGAAUGUACUCGACAGGUCCCCUUGUUCGGUUGGAAUCCUCAUAGACCGGGGUAACCGCAAGUCCCGAUACAUAAUAGCCGAUCCUUCGUCAUACCGAGUUGCGGUGCUCUUCUUUGGGGGCGCCGAUGAUCGCGAAGCACUAGCAUAUGCUCGACGAAUGUCGCAACAUCCCAAUGUAAUGCUCAGUCUGAUACGGUUCGCUGCUUCAAACCCCGCAAUUCCAAUCGUGGGGGGUACGGAACGGAGCAGGAUGCUCGAUGCCGAUAUCUUGAGCCACUUCAAGCUCAACUUGAAUCAAAGCGAGCAAGUUUUGUACCAGGAAGAGGUGGUGAGCACUGGUAUGGAUGUGCUCAGGGUGACUAGAGCAGUGUUGGAGAAUGGUUAUGACCUUGUCAUGGUGGGCAGACGCCACGGAGACUCGAACAUCAUGCUUCAGCUCGGGAAGUGGAAACAGCGUGGGGAAUUGGGGUCAAUCGGUGAAAUACUUGCUUCCUCGGAUUUUGAAUGCAGCGCUUCGGCAUUGGUUAUGCAGCAGCAGACCAGACUAUGGGGAUUGCAGGAUCCAGAGGAGUCAACACACUUGAGAAAAAUUAGUUUGUAGGAGAAUUAUCUUAGAUUAUUAUACAUUCAAGAGGCAAUAUUGUAAACGACAACAAAAAAAGAAAAAUGUAGAACAAAUUGAACAACCACCAUUCUAUAAACAUGGUGUGUGCAAAUAUUUUCUUUUUCAAUUUAUAUAGAUUCAAUUAGAUGAUUGACAAGAACGAAGAACAAAUUUAAUGGUCAUGGUGAGUUUUAUUUGUACAAUAUUUGACAGUUGACAGUAAUGUUUACCAACCUUCUUUGCUCACCAAACUUCCACGUUCAAUUU